CGCGGUUCACUCUCGCCUCCUUCCUCUCUGGCUAGUGAGGUUAAACCAGAGAGCAGCCGCCUUGGCCGCCGUACCGGGGAUGGAUUUGGAAGAAGCUCUUCAAGUUGUCGGGGAGUUUGGACCCUACCAGAAGCGGGCGGUGGCUGUCCUCGUUCUGACCCAGGUGUACAUGGCAUGUCAGUCCAUGCUGAUCGUUCUGGUUGGAACCACGCCGGAGUACCACAUCGAGCAGCAGGUCGGAGUCCCAGCCAGCCAGCUGGAGCUGCACCAACACGUCACCUUUACGGAGGACAUUGACUCCAUAGUAACGGAGUGGUUUCUCAUCAAGCAGCAGGCCUAUAAGGUCAGUUUAGCCGGAUCACUGUUUUUCGCCGGGCUUCUGGUCGGGAACGUCGUGUUUGGGCCGCUGUCCGACCGGAUCGGCAGGAAACCAGUUUACCUGACGGGUCUGUUUUUUGAGGUGAUCUUCGGUUAUGUGACCGCCUUCGCGCCCAGCUAUGAGGUCUUCGCCGUGUCUCGUCUCCUCGUGGGGCUGAUGAACGGCGGCAUCGGCCUCGUCUGCUUCGUUCUCACUCAGGAGUACGUGGGCAAGUCCUACUGGGCCAUGACCGGGACUUUGACCAGCAUGAGUUUUGCAGUCGGCAUAGCAAUGUUUGGAGCUCUGGGCUACUUCAUCCGGCCGUGGAGGAUCUUGGCCACGGUGGCGAACUCGUCUGGUGUCCUGUUCUUCCUGAUGUCUGUAACUCUCCCAGAGUCUCCUCGCUGGCUGUAUUCUCAGGGUCAGACGGAGAAAGCUGAAGAGGUUCUUCGCUACAUGGCGCUGAGGAACGGCAAAACUGUCAAAAACCUAACGUUGAAACGCAUCGGUGCCGCUAAAGGCCGUAACCGCGGCAACAGGGGUGCGGGUGUCCUGCAGCUGGUGCUCCAUCCAGUCCUCCGCCUGAGGACGAUGGUGCUCAUGUAUGUCUGGUACGCGUGCAGUCUGGUGUACUACGGUCUGACUCUGGGGGCCGGUGAGACGUCUGGUAGCCGUUAUGUCAACGUAGCCAUGUACGGCCUGGUGGAGCUGCCCGCCUACCCGCUCUGCAUAUACUUCAUCAACAAACACUGGGCCGGGAGGAGGAAAAGCAUGGCCAGUUUCCUGUGUCUGGCUGGAUCCGCUUGCUUCUGCUCCUUGUUCAUGCCCGAAAACACAGGGACCUUGCUGAGCGUUACGUCGUUUGCACUUCUGGGAAAGCUGAUGGUCAGUGCAGCGUUCAACAUCGCCUACGUCUACACCUCUGAGCUCUACCCGACGGUCAUCAGAAAUGCCGGUUUGGGAGUUUGUUCCAUGUCGUGCAGAGUUGGAGGAAUCCUUGCACCGUUUGUUCCUUCCAUGCGGGCUCUCCACACCUCGAUGCCUUUCACUGUGUUCUGUCUGAGCGGUCUGUCUGCAGGCUGCCUGGGCCUCCUGCUGCCUGAAACCCUCAACGGACCUGCAGCAGAAACUCUGGAGGAGCUCAGCAGCUCCUCCAACAGCCGAGUGCUGGAGAGCAAGGCUCUUCCGUACGCUGACGGCAAAUUGAAAUCGAACCGCAAAUGAAGACCGGCGGGUUACUGGAGCAGCAACACAGAUUGUCUACGCCUCCUUUCCUUAUGAGACUGCUGCCUCAAGAUAACGGUGAACUGUCCCUUUUUUUUAAUAAUUAACUUGAAGGACCAGUCGCCAUGUUUACGUCUGUGACCUGUGACGUUUCAAAUGGGGUCAGGGAAGUGGCUGCUGACCAACGCUUUUCCUUCAGGAAGAGGGCGUUAAUCGGCUGACUAGCACUUCCUCUUGAAUGUAAGUUUACGAUGGUCCACCCUCUGCCUUUUUAGUUAAUUUCAUGGAUAACCGUCGUGGUCUUUGUGCCUUUUUUUAUUUGGAGGUAGACCGCUGAGAGAGAGACGGCUACGUGACUUCCAUUCCAGAUAUGCCAGGAAGUCGAUGGAAAAUCUAAUUUGCUGCUAGCGAAAGUGUGACGCGAGUUAUCUGACAUGACACACACUAUGCACGCUUUACUGCAAGACAAAAUACAAUUUUAUAUAUAUUUUUUUAUUUUUAAGGACCACGCUGAUUUUCAGGAGGAAAUUAGCCUGAUGCGGAACCACAAAAUCUUUCUCUCGUGUCUCUUGAGCUGCGUCCUGUCGCGUGCUUAAAUGGAAGCCAAUUUAGUAGUCGAGACCACCUAAACCGAGUCAUCGUGCAUCUGUAUCGAGACCAAACGUGAAGACCAGAACGGAGCAUGACCUCCUGCAGACCAUCGGCUCUCCUUCCUCGAUCUAGAAGAGCCACAUUCCCGUAUAUUGUGACCCACCCACAGUUGGUUGUUUCUUUUAUUUUGAACCUUUUUUGCGUCAGUGCUGCUCGACACGUGUGCUGUCACGUUCCUAAUUUGUGGAUGUCAUGCAAGUCGGGGCUCACAUUGGUUUCAGAUUUUUCUUUUACAUUUUUAUUCUGUAAAUCUGACUCUUAAAGGCACUUUUGUGCUUAAGCGUGCUAUAUAAAUACAAUUAUUACUCUUGCGUUCACGGGGGGGGGGGAGACUAGGAAAGAAACAAGCGGUGAAACAGUGGUCGUAGUUGAAAUCUUGAGACGGACCAAAAGAAGACUCGAUGUUUUGGGCUGAAGGUUUAUUACAAAUAAAACGGGAAUAAGCAACCAGCAAAGAAUGUCAAAUAUAACACCAAGCAAUCAGCUAUUUAAUAAAUUUAAAGCUUUAAUCAUCCCCAUUUUGAGUCAUAAUCAUGCAGCACUACAGCCUGUGGGUCAGUCAGGAACUAGGGGGGGGGGGGGGGGGGGGGUCAGAGUUUUCUGACUGCAUGGAUUGUAUCGGUCACCAGCUUCUCUUCAGUCAUUUCUCCUCCAGCUGUGAGACCUUUAAUGUUUAUUUCUGUUAUCCAUAAAACGACUCGGCGCACACAUUUAUGUAAGAGGAGAGAUUACGGUAUAGUCGUGUUGGUGGGAGCGACCGGCUGACGCACUCAUUUAUUAUGGUACCAAUGUGCGUGAAACUAGACUUUAGACAAACGAAAAUCUAUUUUUUUGUACGUGCAUCCAAACGUGUCAUCACCGCCCUCUGUGCCUUUUCUUAUGUAGCCUUGAACUCUGAAAUGUUUAAAAGAAGAAGAAAAAAAAAUACAUGUGAUGUAUUAUCGAGAUGUAAAUAGAGGUAUGAGAUAUUAGUUGUCUGAAAUGUUUUAUAUGCCAUCAUUUUGUAUCGUGUUUCUAUACAAUCAUUCUCUUACAACGUGUGCUAUGUAGAUAUAGCAUGCACGCAAUGUCUCUGGUUCCUUAAAAUGUUCAAUCUAUUUAUGUUCAACACAGUAAACGGUUGAAGAAA